AUGGACCUGCUGAAAAUCUGUAAGCAGUUUAGUGAGGACACAGCUAAGAGAAGGGCCCAGAAAAGCAAAAGUUUCAAAGAGGUUGAAAAAUUUGAUGUUUUUGUGCUGGAGAAAAGUUCCGGUUGCAAAUUCCGAUCGUUGCAACUUUUGCUCUUCGCUAUCAUGUCUGCUGCAUUUCUAACACUCCUAUACACACCAUCUGUGUAUGAACAUCAGUUGCAGUCAAGCUCUCGGCUUGUCAAUGGGUGGAUAUGGGAUAAGAGAAGCUCUGAUCCCCGAUAUGUAUCUUCUGCCACCAUUCAAUGGGAGGAUGUAUAUAAAAGUAUCCAACAUCUGAAUGUUGGUGAACAAAAGCUCAGUGUUGGACUCCUGAAUUUUAAUAGAACUGAGUUUGGCGCUUGGACACAUAUGCUCCCAGAAAGUGAUUUUUCAAUCAUAAAGCUAGAGCAUGCCAAUGAAAGCAUUACCUGGCAGACUCUCUAUCCUGAAUGGAUAGAUGAGGAGGAAGAAACAGAGAUACCAUCUUGCCCUUCGCUUCCAGAUCCAAGUUUUCCAAGAGCGACACACUUUGAUGUUGUUGCUGUUAAGCUUCCCUGUUCUCGUGUGGCUGGUUGGUCAAGAGAUGUUGCAAGGCUGCAUUUGCAAUUAUCAGCAGCAAAAUUAGCGGCAGCCACAGCAAGAGGCAAUAGUGGAAUCCAUGUGCUGUUUGUGACUGAUUGCUUCCCAAUUCCAAAUCUCUUCUCUUGCAAGGACCUAGUGAAACGUGAAGGCAAUGCUUGGCUGUACAAACCUGACGUGAAGGCUCUAAAGGAUAAGCUCAGGCUGCCUGUUGGUUCCUGUGAGCUUGCUGUUCCACUCAAUGCAAAAGCACGACUCUACACGGUAGAUAGACGCAGAGAAGCAUAUGCUACAAUACUGCAUUCAGCAAGUGAAUAUGUUUGUGGUGCGAUCACAGCAGCUCAAAGCAUUCGUCAAGCAGGAUCAACAAGGGACCUUGUUAUUCUUGUUGAUGACACCAUAAGUGACCACCACCGCAAGGGGCUGGAAUCUGCGGGGUGGAAGGUCAGAAUAAUAGAGAGGAUCCGGAAUCCCAAAGCUGAACGCGAUGCCUACAACGAAUGGAACUACAGCAAAUUCAGGCUAUGGCAGCUUACAGAUUAUGACAAGGUUAUUUUUAUUGAUGCUGAUCUCAUCAUCCUGAGGAACAUUGAUUUCUUGUUUGCAAUGCCUGAAAUCACUGCAAGUGGGAACAACGCAACACUCUUCAACUCCGGAGUGAUGGUCAUUGAGCCUUCAAACUGCACAUUCCAGUUACUGAUGGAGCACAUCAAUGAGAUAACAUCGUACAACGGUGGUGACCAAGGGUACCUGAAUGAGAUAUUCACAUGGUGGCAUCGGAUUCCAAAACACAUGAAUUUCUUGAAGCAUUUCUGGGAGGGUGAUGAAGAGGAAGUGAAGGCCAAGAAGACUCGGUUGUUUGGUGCUAACCCACCGAUCCUCUAUGUUCUUCACUACUUGGGGCGGAAGCCAUGGUUAUGCUUCCGGGACUACGAUUGCAACUGGAAUGUUGAAAUUCUGCGGGAGUUUGCGAGUGAUGUUGCGCAUGCUCGCUGGUGGAAGGUGCACAACAAGAUGCCGAAGAAGCUUCAGAGCUAUUGCCUUCUGAGGUCAAGGUUGAAGGCUGGGUUGGAGUGGGAGCGGCGGCAGGCUGAGAAAGCAAACUUCACUGAUGGGCAUUGGAAACGGAACAUAACUGAUCCGAGGCUGAAAACUUGCUUUGAGAAGUUCUGCUUCUGGGAGAGCAUGCUAUGGCAUUGGGGUGAGAACAAGACCAACUCGACGCAGAACAGCGCAGUGCCAGCAACACCUACUGCGAGCCUGUCGAGCUCAUGA